AUGGAACAGAGUAACAGUUCUGGUGUGUCUGAAUUUGUUCUUCUAGGACUAUCCCAAGUUAAAGAAGUCGAGUUUAUCCUAUUUCUCAUAUUUGUUCUCUUCUACUCACUGAUCCUGCCUGGGAACAUCCUUAUAAUUCUUACCAUUUGGAUGGACCACCAGCUGGACUCCCCAAUGUACUUUUUCCUAGCCAGUCUGGCCUUCCUUGACAUCUGCUACAGUUCUGUUAUACCACCAAAGAUGUUGGCUGACUUUGUUAGCCAGCACAAAAUAAUCUCUUAUGGUGGAUGCAUGUGCCAGCUCUUUUUCUUGCAUUUCUUGGGAGCAGGUGAGAUGUUCCUACUGAUAGCCAUGGCCUAUGAUAGGUAUGUGGCAAUAUGUCGACCCCUGCAAUACAUGUACCUUGUAAACAGAACCAUGUGCUGCAUCUUGGUUGGGGCAUCAUGGACUGGAGGAUUUGUUCAUGCUAUUAUCCUUGUAACUAUGACCCACCAGCUCUCCUUCUGUGGACCCAAUAUCUUAGACAACUUCUUCUGUGAUGUCCAUCAAGUCAUCAGGUUGGCCUGUACUGAUACUCACAGAGUAGAGGUCCUGACUUUCAUCAACAAUGGGCUGGUUAUAUUAACAGCCUUUAUACUUUUGCUCAUCUCAUAUGCUAUUCUUUUAAUCAAGUUAGGAACUAGUGUAUCCCAUGGAAGGAGUAAAGCCUCCUCCACCUGUGUCACGCAUAUCAUUGUUGUCUUUGUGAUGUUCACCCCAGCCAUCUACCUCUACACACGGCCUUCAGAACCUUUACCCUUGGACAAAGUGGUUGCUGUCUUCCAUACUGUGAUCUUUCCUUUGUUAAACCCAGUGAUCUACACAAUGAGGAACAAAGAAAUUAAGAGCUCCAUGAAGAAGUUAAUCAAAAGAUACAGUCUCUUGGCAACAGAGUAA